UGUGUCCUCACUAAACUUCAGUUUUCAGUGCACUUGAACAGCGUAUGGAUCGACGUUGUGAUGUAGAUUUAGACUUGAAGAUCCGAAGAAAAUGGGAUUAAUCGCAGUUGUGUUACUUGUGGGGGUCAUCCUGCCCUCUUUAAAUGCCCAAACAGAAUUGUCAAAGAGCGAUAUAGAGAGACAUUCUCUCUAUUAUGUGUAUACGGCUCUAUCAAAGCCCGUAUCUGCACCUGGCAUCUUUGAAUUCACCGGCAUGGGCGUCCUGGAUAAUCGAAAGAUUGACUACUACAACAGUGUCGAUCAGAUGAAGAUCCCUGAACAGGACUGGAUGAAAGCGAAGCUUCCCGCAGACUACUGGGAGAAGGGAACCCAGUCACGCAGGAGCAAAGAGCAGUGGUUCAAAGUAAAUGUGAACAUCCUAAUGGAACGCAUGAGACAAAAUAACUCUGAUGUUCACGUCCUGAACUGGAGACAUGGUUGUGAGGUUGACAAAUAUCCAGAUGGCACUGUAAAAUUCAUCAAGGGUGCUGAUCAGUACAGCUAUGAUGGAAAGGAUUUCCUGUCCUUUGAUGAUGCCUCCAUGCAGUGGAUAGCCCCAGUUACCGAAGCUGUACCCACAAAGCAGAAGUGGGAUGGGGUUCCCAUCCUCAACCAGUACACCAAGGGCUACCUGGAGAAGGAGUGUGUGGACUGGCUGGGCAAGUUCGUCACCUACGCUGACGCAGAACUCAAAGGAUCUUCUCCACCUGAAAUUUUUCUCUUUGCUCGGACAAGCAAAGAGUCUGCAGACAAGCUGACUAUGACCUGCCUGGCAACAGGGUUCCUUCCGAAAGACAUUCAAAUGUCCAUUCAGAAGAGAGGAUCCAUUGUGGCUGAAGUCGAUCCCCUACAGAUCUUUCCAAAUGGCGAUGGAACCCACCAGACCAGAUUGGUUGUGCACGUUCUUAAGUCAGAGGCCAAUGCUUAUCAGUGUUCUGUGAUGCACAGGACCCUCAGAACACCUGUGGUCAGUAAUUGGGAAACAGAUGGAGUUGUGACUGAUGAACCUUCAUCCAUUGGUGGGAUUGUGGGAGGAGCUGCUGGAGGUGCAGUUGUUCUUCUUGUUGUGAUCGUAGUUGCAGUUGUCAUGAUCAAGAAAAAAGGAGGGAAACAGACUAUUGAGAGGAAUGCAGUACCAGCACCAGCACCAGAACCAGAGAGGGAGCCUCUGACACCAGACAUGAUUAUUGUGGAGCCCCCAGAACCAACUGAGAGGGACCCUCUUAAAGGAGAUUCUGGUUCAGAGAGAAGUCAUGACUCUGGUAAACCAGAUUCUGGUUCAGAGGGAAGUCUCAACUCAGUUCCUCCUGAUGUUAAGCUGAUAAGUGUGGUCACCCGUUCUGAGACUCAUGUAGAGCUGGAGUGGACCAAAGUCAACAACAACAAUGACUACAAUUACUUACUGAGAGACAGCAAUGGAGCAGAGAUCAGCAUCACUGGAUUAGAGGCAGAAACAACAGUGAAACACACAGUCUUUCUCUCUGCUGGAACAACAUACUCUUUCACUCUCUUCACUAUGUUUGAGGGAGUGAAAAGCACAGGAUUUCAGUUUUCAGUGGUCACAAAUUCUGGUUCAGAGAGAAGUCUCAACUCAGUUCCUCCUGAUGUUAAGUUGAUAAGUGUGGUCACCCGUUCUGAGACUCAUGUAGAGCUGGAGUGGACCAAAGUCAACAACAACAAUGACUACAAUUACUUACUGAGAGACAGCAAUGGAGCAGAGACCAGCAUCACUGGAUUAGAGGCAGAAACAACAGUGAAACACACAGUCUGUCUCUCUGCUGGAACAACAUUCACUCUCUUCACUGUGUUUGAGGGAGUGAAAAGCACAGGAUUUCAGUUUUCAGUGGUCACAAAUUCUGGUUCAGAGAGAAGUCUCAACUCAGUUCCUCCUGAUGUUAAGCUGAUAAGUGUGGUCACCAGUUCUGAGACUCAUCUAAAGCUGGAGUGGACCAAAGUCAACAACAACAAUGACUACAAUUACUUACUGAGAGACAGCAAUGGAGCAGAGACCAGCAUCACUGGAUUAGAGGCAGAAACAACAGUGAAACACACAGUCUCUCUCUCUGCUGGAACAACAUUCACUCUCUUCACUGUGUUUGAGGGAGUGAAAAGCACAGGAUUUCAGUUUUCAGUGGUCACACCUUCUGGCUCAGGCAGUAAUGUGAAAAAACAAUUGGCAUGAAUAUGUGCUGGAUGGGAAUGGUUGAGUGAAGAAAAAUCAUCAGUUCUUCCACUGCUGAGUAAUCUGAAGGCUUAACUAAGACACUGGUUGAACUAAAUGGGCUGUGAAUUACAAUGUUUACUAAUUUUUUUUGAGUAACUUCUUAAGAUUCUUAACAUCAACCAAAUUCUCUUAUUACAUGCCAUUCUACUGGACAGGAUUAUUACUCUGAAAUCUUGUCGGAAUUUUAAAUUCAUGGGGAAGACUAGGCUACUGAUAAAUGUGUAAAAUAGUACUUACAUUUCUGGAUACAUUUUUUGCACUUUCAAACACACUUGUUCAUAGAACACAGUGUACUCCCACGGAUUAUACAGUACCUCAUUGCCGUCACUGGAAAGGGGUGGUUUCCCUGGCACACACUCCAUAGCGCUCCACUCCAUAACCAUGUUCAUUUCCAUAUCAGUGUCCAGGGUGUUUCAACACACAGUUUCUAAAUUCCAACAUUAAUUUGACCUUAACAUAAACAUCAAGGUUGUGUCUGCUAAGUGAAUACAUUUAAAUGUAAGAUUUAGCUGUUUAGCACCAAGUGUUUAUGUGAACAAUUUGUGGCUUUAUGAUUUUAUUGCAUUAUUUAAAUUAAUUACUAAAGUGCAUUUUCAAUGUUUCUUGCCCUUUUGAUGAGAUAUGGGCAUGAAAGUAACACUGAAUUUUAAUUGAAUUGUAAUUUGAUCUCUAAUGUGCCCUUAAACUUCAUAAGGGUAGGUGUGAUUGUGUUGCCCAUUUUUUAAUGCUCGUAGCUAGACAUUAAGUGCGUUUUUUUCCAUAUGGAUUAAGUCUAAAUUUAGACUAAAAACUUUUUUUCAAAGAAAAUCUCCAUUGAAGUGAUGAGUUUUCCAAAUAAAUCUCCUUAAAAAUUA